CUUUGAACCUGCAAGCUUCCCACAUGGUUCAAUGGAGGCUAGUAGAAGAAACGUGCAAAGUGCCGGACAGAGAACAGGAAUGAAGAAAACAGAGAAAACAAACAAAAAGAGAAGUAAACAGGAUGACGAGGAGGAGGAGGACCAGCUCUUUCAUUUGAACAAAAAAGAAGAUGAUGAGGGUGUUGAUGAAGAUUUAUCAGACAGUGAGGACAGCGUCUACUCAGGACUGGAGGAUUCUGGAAGCGAUUCUGAAGAAGAAGAGGAGGAAGAAGGAUUAGAUGAUGAUGAUGAGGAGGAGGAGGAGGAAGAAGAAGAAGAAGAAGGAUUGGAUGAUGAUGAUGAUGAUGAGUCGAGUGUAAAGAAGAGCAAGAAGAAAGAAGAAACAGGUGGGGGCAAAGAAACAAAGAAAGAUGAUGAAUACGACCACGAUACAUCAGACGAGGAGGACAUCAGGAACACGGUGGGAAACAUUCCCAUGGAGUGGUACAAAGACUUCCCUCAUGUCGGCUACGACUUAGACGGGAAGAAGAUCUAUAAGCCGAUCAGAAAUAAGGAUGAGCUCGAUGAGUUCUUGGAGAAAAUGGAGAACCCAGACUACUGGAAAACUGUUCAUGACAAGAAGACGGCGAGUGACAUCAUACUGUCGGAUGAGCAGAUAGAGCUGGUGAACCGUCUGCAGAAAGGACAGUUUGGAGACGUUAACUUCAACGAGUACGAGCCUGCAGUGGAUUUCUUCACUAAAGACGUCAUGAUUCAUCCAGUCACAAACAGACCCGCAGACAAGCGCAGCUUCAUCCCUUCAUUGAUCGAAAAGGAGAAGGUCUCCAAACUGGUACACGCCAUUAAAAUGGGUUGGAUUAAACCCCGGCGGGUGGAGGACGACAGCAAGGGACGCUUCUACGACCUGUGGGCCAGUGAGAGCUCUUCUAUUUUGGCGAAUCACAAGAUGCACCUGCCCGCACCUAAAAUCCCUCUGCCGGGUCAUGAGGAGUCCUACAACCCCCCGCCGGAGUACAUGUUCACAGAAGAGGAGAAAGCUCUCUGGGAGCAGCAGGAUCCGUCAGACAGGAGGCUGCCGUUUAUUCCCAAAAAGUAUGCCAGUCUCCGCCAGGUUCCUGCGUUCUCUCGGUUCAUCCAUGAGAGGUUUGAGCGCUGCCUCGACCUUUACCUGUGUCCCCGACAGAGGAAGAUGAGGGUGAACGUCAAUCCAGAAGAUCUGAUUCCCAAACUUCCCAAACCAAAGGAUCUGCAGCCAUUUCCCACGACCCAGUCUCUGGUUUAUCGAGGUCACAGCAGCCUGGUUCGUUCCAUCAGUGUGUCUCCAUCAGGGCAGUGGCUUGUUUCAGGAAGUGAUGACGGCUCAGUCAGACUCUGGGAAGUGUGUUCGUCUCGCUGCAUGAAGACGAUCCAGGUGGGCGGAGCUGUGAAGAGCGUUGCGUGGAACCCGAACCCGGCGCUCUGUCUCGUGGCUGUAGCUGUGGAAUCUGCGGUCUUGAUCCUGUCUCCAGCUCUGGCUGAUAAACAGGUCAUCUCAUCGUCGGAGAAGCUUCUCACCGCACAGACGGAGGAGGGGCCCUCAGAAGGGUCUCAGACCGUCGUUUGGUCAGAAACUGAGGGGGAGGAACUAAAUCAGGGCAUUCGUCUCAAAAUCCAACAUCCCAAAGCUGUCCACCAGGUGACGUGGCACAGUAAAGGAGACUACCUGGCCUCUGUGAUGCCAGACCAUUCCAGCCACCAGCAGGUGUUCAUCCACCAGCUGAGCCGCCAACGGAGCCAGAACCCCUUCAGGAGAAACAAAGGCCUAGUCCAGGCCGUGUCCUUCCACCCCAUCAGGCCCUACUUUUUUGUGGCCACGCAGCGUUCGGUCAGGAUCUACAACCUGGUCAAGCAGGAAAUGACCAAAAAACUCCAAGCAAACUCCAAGUGGAUCUCCAGUAUAGCUGUUCACUCUGGAGGUGAUCAUGUGAUCUGUGGGAGCUACGACUGCAGGCUGAGCUGGUUUGACCUUGACCUUUCAACUAAACCUUACAAGAUGCUACGGCACCAUAAGAAGGCAGUAAGGAGUGUGGCCUAUCACAGAGGUUACCCACUGUUUGCCUCAGCGUCUGAUGAUGGAUCAGUGAUCGUCUGCCAUGGCACCGUUUACAAUGACCUCCUGCAGAACCCGCUGAUCGUCCCAGUCAAAGUUCUCAGAGGUCAUGUGACCACCCAUGACCUCGGGGUCUUGGAUGUGACCUUUCACCCCACACAGCCCUGGGUGUUCUCCUCCGGUGCAGACGCCACCAUCAGACUCUUUACCUAAAGAUCCAGUCUCUGUAUCAGCCUCAUUGGGGUAUCCUAGCAACCUGAUCAUUCUGAUUGCUAGGAUACCACUCAUCAUUUCCUGCAACGUCAUUUCCUUUAGUUUUAAUGUCUGUUUGUACUCAAUAAAAUAUA